UUUUGCAAAGUACAUCCUGGUGCUGUUGUUUUUGUUAUAUUAGCAGCAAUGUCAAUACAAGGUUCAGCAAAUCCGCAAACCCAGUGGAAUAUUGUAGGGGAGUUCAGCAAUUUGCCACAAGAAGAACUUAUAGAGUGGAUCAAAUAUAGUACUAAACCAGAUGCAGUGUUUGCGGGUGCCAUGCCCACGAUGGCAAGUGUUAAGCUCUCUGCACUUCGGCCCAUUGUGAAUCAUCCACAUUAUGAAGACGCAGGCUUGAGUUGGACCAGGGAAACCACUUUGAUGUAAGCAAAGGAGGCCUACAGAGUUCCUGGCCAUGAGGUACUUGAGCUCUGACCCCCUGGGAUGCUCUUAAGUACCAGUCCAUUGAAGAGUUGCCUGAGAGCCACCUGGAUACAUCACCUGGCCGUCUCUGUGGCAGUUUUACAUUGGUUACAUUUAGUAACACUGUUUGAAAACGAUCAUCAUUUCUCUCACCUCUCAUCUUUGGAACGGGAGAUAACUUUUCGCACUGAAAUGGGACUUUAUUAUUCCUACUUCAAGACCAUUAUUGAAGCACCUUCAUUUUUGGAAGGACUGUGGAUGAUUAUGAAUGACAGGCUUACUGAAUAUCCUCUUGUAAUUAAUACAGUAAAACGCUUCCAUCUUUAUCCAGAGGUAGUCAUAGCCUCCUGGUAUCGCACAUUCAUGGGAAUAAUGAAUUUAUUUGGACUAGAAGCUAAGACCUGCUGGAAUGUCACCAGAAUAGAACCUCUUAAUGAAGUUCAAAGCUGUGAAGGAUUGGGAGAUCCUGCUUGCUUUUAUGUUGGUGUAAUCUUUAUUUUAAAUGGACUAAUGAUGGGAUUGUUCUUCAUGUAUGGAGCAUACCUGAGUGGGACUCAACUAGGAGGUCUUAUUACAGUACUGUGCUUCUUUUUCAACCAUGGAGAGGCCACCCGUGUGAUGUGGACACCACCUCUCCGUGAAAGUUUUUCCUAUCCAUUCCUUGUACUUCAGAUGUAUAUUUUAACUUUGAUUCUCAGGACCUCGAGCAAUGAUAGAAGACCCUUCGUUGCACUCUGUCUUUCCAAUGUGGCUUUUAUGCUUCCCUGGCAAUUUGCUCAGUUUAUACUUUUUACACAGAUAGCAUCAUUAUUUCCCAUGUAUGUUGUGGGAUACAUUGAACCAAGCAAAUUUCAGAAGAUCAUUUAUGUGAACAUGAUUUCGGUUAUCCUUAGUUUCAUUUUGAUGUUUGGAAAUUCAGUGUACUUAUCUUCUUAUUAUUCUUCAUCUUUAUUAAUGACGUGGGCAAUAAUUCUAAAGAGAAAUGAAAUUCAAAAACUGGGAGUAUCUAAAUUCAACUUUUGGGUAAUUCAAGGUAGUGCCUGGUGGUUUGGAACAAUCAUUUUGAAAUUUCUGACAUCUAAAAUCUUAGGCGUUUCGGACCACAUUCGCCUGAGUGAUCUUAUAGCAGCCAGAAUCUUAAGGUAUACAGAUUUUGAUACUUUAAUAUACACCUGUGCUCCUGAAUUUGACUUCAUGGAAAAAGCGACUCCGCUGAGAUACACAAAGACAUUAUUGCUUCCAGUUGUUAUGGUGAUUACAUGUGUUAUCUUUAAAAAGACUGUUCGUGAUAUUUCGUGUGUUUUAGCUACAAACAUUAAUCUAAGAAAAAAGCUCCUUGAACAUGGUGAGCUGGCUUUUCACACAUUGCAGUUGUUAGCGUUUACUGCCCUUGCCAUUUUAAUUAUGAGGCUAAAGCUGUUUUUGACACCGCACAUGUGUGUUAUCGCUUCCUUGUUAUGCUCUAGACAGCUCUUUGGCUGGCUUUUUCGCAGAGUUCGUUUUGAGAAUGUUAUCUUUGGCAUUCUAACAGUGAUGUCAAUACAAGGUUAUGCAAACCUCCGUAAUCAAUGGAACAUAAUAGGAGAAUUUAAUAAUUUGCCUCAGGAAGAACUUUUACAGUGGAUCAAAUACAAUACCACACCAGAUGCCGUCUUCGCAGGUGCCAUGCCUACAAUGGCAAGUGUCAAGUUGUCUACACUUCAUCCCAUUGUGAAUCAUCCACAUUAUGAAGAUGCAGACUUGAGGUCCUGGACAAAAAUAGUUUAUUCUACAUAUAGUCGAAAAUCUGCCAAAGAAGUAAGAGAUAAAUUGUCGGAGUUACAUGUGAAUUAUUAUGUUUUAGAAGAGGCAUGGUGUGUUGUGAGAACUAAGCCUGGUUGCAGUAUGCUUGAAAUCUGGGAUGUGGAAGACCCUUGCAAUGCAGCGAACCCUCCCUUAUGUAGCGUCCUGCUCGAAGAUGCGAGUCCUUACUUCACCACAGUAUUUCAGAAUAGUGUGUACAGAGUAUUAAAGGUCAACUAAGAACUAUGGUACAAUGCCGUGUGUCAAAAACAAUCACCCUUUGGCUUGUUUACAUUAAUAAAAAUCACAAGCUUUAAUAACAGACACUUAAAAAUAAGAUAAAAUUUUAAUAAAUCAAGGGUAUGUAAGUCCUUUUUCCAACUAGGUGAAUUGCUUCAGAUUUUCUCUAGUACCAUAGUGUACCUGCUCAAACUCUGAACCACUUAGGGCAGAAGAAUGAAGCUCUGAAAUGACAUCCUUAAGAUGCUGAUACUGGUCACAACCUCUUUAACCUCUGUGAGAAAAUUGUAACAGUGUGUCUUUUAAGGUGUUUUUAUUUUAGCAGCACUUAAGAAAGAUCUCUAAUACCUUUUAAUGCUUUUUUUUUUUUUUUAUAAUUUCAAGUUGAAGUGUUUUUAAAAACAUCUUGUUUUGUAAUGGUUUGACUCUCUUGAGAUGUAUUUACCCCACUAGAUACAUAUUUGCCACUGGCUAGCUCUCCAUCUGAGCUCAAGAGGUUAUUCAUCUCUCUUUAGAUUCCAGUGGUUUUUCUUUUAACAUCCAGGUAAAAUAGAAAUUGCUAUAGUAUCCAACCAAAUUUUGGAGUUAAACAUAAUCAGAAAAGAAAAUCCAGUUAAAUUUAUCAAGUGAGAUUUUCAGAUCCUAGAUCUUGAAUAAAGCAAAGGUCUUUCAUCUUGAUGGCCCCAAAGCUUGU